UCUUCUACAUCGAACUUGCCUCACAAAUAACAGAUCUCUUCUGGUUCUCUCUGCAGAUUGCCAUGCAUAAAAGUAAAAGCGGCAGUGAUGCGGUCAACAAGGAAAUGUAUAAGCUCGAGGACUUCAUGGCCCAAUUCUAGAGUGCGCUGGAUGUCAUGCCCCAGCUACAUACUCUUGUCAGUCAACCAAUGCACCCGUGCCGCUUAUUAACCAAGUCUCCUACGCACUAUCCAAUAACUGCUCAACUCCUGAGUGGCGGUUUGGGUAGUAUCGCUUCCAACAUAACUCAGACCACCCACGCUCUCUUGCAUCUUGGAUUACGGAUGCAUCCCCCACGACAACCAAAGCUUGGGCUAACUCGUUUCCAUUAUGCCGAUAUACACGAACAGAGUGCUUUGCCUAGAAUAGGACUGAAAUAUCUUCCUUUGCUCUUCCCAAAAUUGACACAUCUCGAUAUGUGUAUCAGCGUUACGCAGAGCCGCAGAGACUUGUAUGAACUUCAAGACUUCAUCAUGAAAGCAAAGAAUCUCACACACCUUCGAUUGUGCUUUGAGAGGAGCUAUACGUCAUUCUUCGAGAUCGGACCAUCUUUUGAAAGUGGAUCCCACAUCGUUCUAAGCCACCCUGGAUCUCAUCUUCCCAAGCUGCGCUACCUGUACAUCACGGACACGCAGAUUGCGUAUCACAACUUGCUCCGUUUCGUCAAAAGGCACGCAAGCACGCUUAGAUUUCUAAGAGUAGAGGAAAACAUGCCACCGGAGAUAAUCGAGACAUUCGCGGGUAUGAUGAUGUCACAUAAACUGGAUUUGGAUGACCUUGUUGUUUUACCCUCUAACCCUGAUGAGUGUUUCCCGGUGAUACCGUUCGACGACGAUUUUAAAAACGGCGAGAUAUUACGGAACGGCACGGCGGAAGCAUAUGCCGCAACAAAUGAUCUCGCGUGUAUUACUGGAAUGGAGCCUCGCUACGACAUUAAUUCCUGGAGGACCGCAGCUAUCGUCGAUAGUCGAUACCCGUUUUCCUUACUAGGCUGUGUAGACCCAGGCGAUAUCAAAUUUUUAGAUGCAGAGAACGGUGACUGGAGAGAUCCGAGCGGAUAUACAUUUCCCAUCGAAGAUGACGAAAAUAUCGAUCAAGAUCCCGAGCAAGAUGUGGCCGAGGCUCGUGAACACGCCUCACAUAUGAAGCGAUUACGCGAAUCGCCGUGGUGGGUUUUCGAAUCUCUUUUUAAUGGGCAGCCUCUGCCAUUCCAUCGAACCGACGCUCAGAGGAUCGCUAUGCAGAACAACGUCGGAGAUCUUCCGGUGUGUCCAACCGAAGUAUGGCGGUUUCAGCAUCGCAAUGGAGAGGUCGCCUUCGCGAACGACCCGCUAGAGUAUUGGGAGGACUGGGAAGGUAGCCAAGCCGGCGACAGCGCUAUACCUACGCCGUACGGGUUGGAUGGAGGAAAUGUCCACUUAUUCAGGAUGGAAUUGUUAAUUGGGCAGAUUCCAACCCAGCAUUUAUUUAAUCCUAUGCAAGCACCCGAGGCAGAACAGACGGAAAUGCCCGAGGCGGGCUUAUAAAGCAUGAUCCGGUCCAAGUUUCGAUGGUGUUGCUAGGAUGUCGAGACUACACGCACUCCUAUUUUGGAAGCUAUGAUAAGUUGUAGAAGCGCCGAAUACCCUCAUUCAAAUACAUCGGUGGCCUAAGACAAGCCCUUGUUGCUAGAGUUUACCAGAGUUGGAUGACUAAUCCACAAUAUCUCCCGGUUCCUUUGUCAAGGCGCGACUGAUACCUAGGUACGGCGAAAUAGUUUUGUUUUCUUUAGGUUAAUAACAAUACAAGGGGCUGAAGCUCUUGGAA